CGGCGGCCGCGGUGGGGGGGGCGGGCAGCGAGCGCGGCCUGCGGCCCCCAUGGCCGGGCAGUUCGACUCCGAGGACCAGGCGAGCUGGUACUGGGGGCGGCUGAGCCGGGCCGAGGCGGUGUCGAUGCUGCAGGGGCAGCGCCACGGCACCUUCCUGGUGCGCGACUCGGGCACCAUCCCCGGCGACUUCGUGCUCUCGGUGUCCGAGAGCUCCCGCGUCUCGCACUACAUCGUGAACAGCCUGGGGCCGGCGGGCGGCCGGCGGGCCGGCGGCGAGGGCCCUGGGGCCCCGGGGCUGAAUCCCACCAGAUUUCGAAUAGGCGACCAGGAGUUUGAUUCUUUGCCAUCUUUACUAGAAUUCUACAAAAUACACUAUUUGGAUACUACAACCUUGAUAGAACCAAUUUCCCGAUCUAGGCAGAAUAGCGGCGUUAUCCUCAGACAGGAGGAGGCCGAAUAUGUGCGAGCUCUCUUUGACUUUAAUGGAAACGAUGAAGAAGAUCUUCCAUUUAAGAAAGGAGACAUACUGAAAAUCCGGGAUAAACCUGAAGAGCAAUGGUGGAAUGCAGAAGACAAGGAAGGAAAGAGGGGAAUGAUACCUGUUCCUUACGUGGAGAAGUGUAGACCUUCCUCUGCUUCAGUAUCUACUCUGAUUGGAGGUAACCAGGAUAGUUCCCACCCACAACCACUGGGUGGGCCGGAGCCAGGGCCCUAUGCCCAGCCCAGCAUCAACACUCCGCUCCCUAACCUUCAGAAUGGCCCUAUUUAUGCCCGGGUUAUCCAGAAGCGAGUCCCUAAUGCCUACGACAAGACAGCCUUGGCUUUGGAGGUCGGUGAGCUUGUAAAGGUCACAAAGAUUAAUGUGAGUGGUCAGUGGGAAGGAGAAUGUAAUGGUAAAUGUGGUCACUUUCCAUUCACACAUGUCCGCCUGCUGGAUCAACAGAAUCCUGAUGAGGACUUCAGCUGAGUGUGGCUCAACAGUUUCGCUUGCAGAUGGGAACAAUCUCAACUUGUUUUAAUGCGGAUGCCAUCAAGACUAUGUUCUGACAGAUGUUGAAAGCGGUAUUGCUUGCGUAAGCAUUCUGAUGAUAACCUGCAAACCCCUGGGACUGAACACCACCAUUCCUUAAUCAAGGGUCAUGUAAUUCAGGGUACGACAGUAGAUAACUUGUGUGUCAAGUGGCAGAACUAGUACAUGAUUAUAGGUUGUAAUGCCUGCUUAUGUCCAUGAGCACAGCAGACUGGACCUUGCCAGCAGCAUCAGUUGGAGAAGGCAGUAACAUAGAUGCUAUUACAGCAUUUAUAGCUCUCUCCAGUCCUAUUUCCUGUGUUGCUUCUUCCUCAGGCAAUAAACAUCAACCGUAGACAAUUCAAUGUGUAGGUAGAAAUUCCACAAAUUUAUCCUGGAGCUUUCUCCAUUUUUUUUUCCAUUCUGAAUUCUCUGUCCUAGAAAAGCUAUGUGUAGUGCUCUGCAUGGUGAGUUAACUGCACACAUUACAGGUUUUUUAAAGCACAUUGGGGACAGCUGUAUGAUUUAGAGAUGCUUACCAUUUUAAUGGUAAAUGACAGAUCAAAUCAACCUCAGAAUUCUCUAAGUUUGUGGACACUAGAUUUGAUUUCUUCAGUACUGUUGAUGCUUCAAACAUAGCAGCUGAUUUAAAUUAAAAUUUUUGAUAACACAGCAGUAUCUCUCUUACCCACAAAUAUAAGGCUUAUGGAAGUGUAAACGUCCAUAUCAGUGCUGAAAAAUGUGCACUUUAAUGCAUAGCUUUAAAGCAGUGUUUGAUUCACUAAAUAUACUAAAAUAUUGGCACUGCUUUCAGAUAAAAUUGAAUUAGGUAGGGCCAGUUUAAUAUUUUUUAGAGUUUUUCAUAUUCUUACAUGUUACUGUACAAAUCAGUGUCAAACAUGGUGAACUGACAAACCAAAUAUGGCUUUUAUUUUAAAGUUACUCUGGGGGCUCUACUGGUUUAAUUCCCAUUUGUAAAAAUAUCUGAUAGUUAAUUCAUGAGGAUUUUAUUUUUAAUAAACUAAUGAAAAAUACCUGUGUGCUUCUGGAUUGAUUCUCAAAAGGCAUAAUAGAAUAAUUACAGUUUCAUAGUUCAUAAUGAAAAUCAGUGCAUUGAAUAGUGAUAUUGUGCACUGCUUGAUUUGCUUUCUCGUGCUGUUCUUCUCAUUAUCUGGUUUGCUCUAGUAUAAAUCAGAAUGGAUUCAGUAAGUUUUGUAAACUAAAAUUAAACACUGAAGUUACUAUCCCUUGUCUGUACCCAAAUGCGACACUCUAGUGACCAAACUUAAGCAAAUCAGUUUUGUAACUUUGAUUGCUUUGUAAUCCAUACAGAACAGUUUUUGUAAAUAGCAUUAAACCGAAAACAUUUUUUUGGUCAAUAGAAACCGUGUGACUAGAAUGUCUCAUUGGCUGUAAAUGCUGCGAGGACUAGUUCUCACUGCAGAGGCUAUUGCUGCAAGGCAUGAACCCAUAAAACAGAAUACUGGUAACACUUUACCUCAGAACUGUGUAACAUGCUGGAAAUAACACUUGCUCUAUUUAAGUACUAGUUGUUUUACUUCAGAACUAACUCAUCAGCAAGUCUGACCAAGUUUCAGGUAAUGGGCACCCAGUAAUACUGUAGACUAUUGCCA